AUGCAUAUAAAGCAGGAGCGGCGGGGGGCGGGCACCUGCCGCGGGACCGGGCCCCUCCCGCCGCUCCGCACCGCUCCCGAGGUUGAGGUCAGCUUGGAGGUCUUCAAGGACAUCAACCGGCGCUUCAACGCCUUCGUGCAGAAAAUUGUGCAGGAGCACUACAGCAGCUUUGACAAGGUUUCCCCAUCCCUGGGUGUCCAUGGCACGGAAGCCUUCAUCCUGGAGAUGUUCAGGCAUUCCUCCUUCCUGCCCUUCACCAUCCCACACAGCACCACAAAAGCGACCGUGCUGAACGGCUACUACAUCCCCAAGGACACCUGUGUGUUCAUCAACCAGUGGCAGGUGAACCACGACGAGAGGCUGUGGAAGGAGCCCUGGUCCUUCCGGCCCGAGCGGUUCCUGAGCGCGGCGGGCGCGGAGCUGCGCCGCGCCGAGAGCGAGAAGGUGCUGUCCUUCGGGCUGGGCCGGCGCCGCUGCCUCGGCGAGACCAUCGGCCGCUGGGAGAUCUUCCUCUUCCUCACCACGCUGCUGCAGCAGCUGCGCUUCAGCCUGCGGCCCGGCGAGCGCGUGGACGCCACGCCGCAGUACGGGCUGACCAUGAAGUACAAGAAGUGCGAGGCCUUCCAGAUCCGGCCGCGCUUUGGCGGCGGGAGCGCGCCGUGAGCGGCUCCGGGGGCUGCAGCUCAGCCUUCCUCUGCUCCACUGGGUCCUCUCGUGGCCUGGCAGCUCUUCCCAGCCCCAUCCCACGCGGGUUUUGCCCGGAGGUGUCUUGGAGAGAUGUGGAGGGAUGUUCUCCACCUGCCACGGGCGGCUCCCUCCAUGCAAACAGAAAGAAACCUGCAGGUUCCUCUCUGAGGGUCCUGCCCAGCCUUGUCCCACGGGGUGAAAUCCUCUUUUCCAGCUCUUUGUGCCACUGGGAAUGGAUCCUUCCUGCUGCUUCAGGAAGGUUCUGGAGCCUUCAGCAGCGCCCGCCUCCCGGGGACCCAUCCUGGGUGCACCCACACACCCGAAUUCCUUGAAUGUAAAUCAUGGAGUGAAUUCCUGCAGGUUCCUCUCUGAGGGUCCUGCCCAGCCCCAUCCCAUGCGGGUUUUGCCCGGAGGUGUCUUGGAGAGAUCCACCCUGUGGUGUCCUGCACCUGCCACGGGCGGCUCCCUCCAUGCAAACAGAAACAAACCUGCAGGUUCCUCUCUGAGGGUCCUGCCCGGCCUUGUCCCACGGGGUGAAAUCCUCUUUUCCAGCUCUUUGUGCCGCUGGGAAUGGAUCCUUCCCGCUGCCUCAGGAAGGUUCCGGAGCCCUCAGCAGCGCCCACCUCG